AUGGCAAGAUCAGGUCAUUCCACUCAGUUGACUUCCACUUCUGGAAGACAUAGGGUGCAUCAACCACAGACACAGAAGCUCAUGGAAAAUGAAAUUUCGGAGUUGAAGAACUACCUUCCUGAGUGGACUUUGGCGAAAAGGAAUGAGAAGCGGGCAGUUUUCACUGCCAUAGCUAGGGCUGCCAGGCUAUUUGCUCCCAAGGUCGACCAAGCACAAUGGAAGAAGAGGAAGCAGAAAAAAAAGGAGAGGAAGGACAUGAUAAAGUAUGGGAGGAAAUGGACUCCUAGGCAAGUGAUCUACCAGCAGAAGUGGGAAGAGGUGCUGAAGAGGAUUGAGAAUGAGUCCGGGGCAAAGCCAGGAGGUCCCGGUAUGUUCAAGCAUUAUCAGGCGGCUGUAAAGAGAGUCAUGGCUGAAUUGUCCGACAAUGAGUUGGAGAAGGCGAAGGAAACAGCCGAAGAAUGGUCGAACAACUUUCUGCCUCCCAAGAUACAAGCACAAGUGGCUCGUAAGAAGGGACCAGCAUAUAUAGAGCACUUUUCAAAGGAGAUGUGGAGGCAAUGCGGGGAUGAGCGUGGAGAGGUGCUGUUCGGGAUGAGAUGGGGACAGUUCAUGAAGACAAAGGACUGGGAGGACAUCGAGCCAGUUUGGCAGGGGUACGCACAGGAACAGUUUGGUAUUUGUUCCGGGAUUGACAAGGCAGUUGUGCCAUGGAGCGCCAUCAUACAAAGUCAGGAUGACUUUGUGGCAAGAAAGUAUGUUCCGGUGGAUGUGGACUUGAAGGAGCCUUCGAAGUUGCAACAUUUGGACACAACCGCCUUACUGAAUUUCUGCAUGGAAGAACAGAGAUGGAAGAACAGAGAUGGGGACAUGGUAGCCUCGGUUGUAUCUGGGAAUUCACCUUCUCAUCGGACUCGUAAAGUCAGCAGAGAUAUGAUCCUAAGGCCUUGGAAUUCAGCGACCGAAACUGACAGUGAUCCCGAGAGUAAUCCCGAGGGUGACUUUCAUCACAUGGAGGAUGAUGCUGAUGAUGACGCAGUGGAAGGUAGAUCCCCGCAAAAGAGACCCAGAACAGAGCCUGGUCCUUCAACAGCACAUGAAGGGACAGCAGUCCCACGUGCAAUUACAAAGCCUCACCCGGUCAAUGCAUGGAAAACUGGUGCACUGCUGACAUUGCGAAUGGGCGACCUCCUGGCUGGGCUGACUGAGAGAGUCACCGGCAAUGUUCAGGAGGAUGGUGCAACCAAAGGAAUCAAUAGGUCGCCAGCGCCGAAGAACAUGCGGGGAAAGAAAGCAGUGAUUGAGCCAUUGGUGAGGACAACCCGGAAAUCGGGACUCAGCCCAACUAUCGAGGCCCGACUAUUGAGUUCCGAUUAUUGA